AUGAAGACAGAUUAUUAUGAAUUGCUAGGCGUGGAGUCUGCUGCAACUGACAUUGAACUUAAAAAAGCUUAUAGAAAGAAGGCACUUCAAUACCAUCCAGAUAAAAAUCCAGACGAUGUUGAAGCCGCUACAAAAGUUUUUGCACAGAUCAGAUUAGCAUAUGAAGUGCUUUCAGAUUCACAAGAAAGAGCAUGGUAUGAUGCUCAUAAGAACCAAAUAUUGAGAGAAGAUGAUGACUAUUAUGCUGAUGAUGGUGAUGAUUUGGAGCCUGAGGUGACUGGUACAACAACAGAGGAGAUCUUGAAGUUCUUUGAUCCUUCACUAUACACUAGAAUUGAUGAUUCAAUGGCUGGUAUGUACGUACUAGCGGGAAGAGUGUUUGAUAAGUUGGCUUCAGAAGAAAUUUUAGCUGGUCGUCAACAAGGUUUAGAUAAAUAUGCCACCUAUCAAGACGAUGACCCAACAGAGCUGACAAACGUUAUGUAUCCAAAGUUUGGAAGAAGUAAAUCUGAUUAUGGAACACAAGUGAGGAAGUUUUAUCAAGUUUGGUCAUCAUUUGCAACUGUCAAGACUUUUUCGUGGAAAGAUGAAUACAGAUACUCAACAGCUGGUGACCGUCGUACUAGACGUGCAAUGGAGAGAGAAAACAAGAAGGCAAGAGAUACUGCUCGUCGUGAAUACAAUGAAACAAUUAGAAGCUUUGUUUCAUUCUUGAAGAAACGAGACCCAAGAGUGAAAGAAGGAGCUGCUGCAUAUGAACAAGAAAAGAAAAGAAAAAAUCAAGAAGAGCUUCGCAAACAAAUUGCCAAAGAUCGUGCCGCUAAUGCAUCGAAAAGGGGUGAAUAUGAAGCUCAAAAUUGGCAACAGAUUGAUGACCUUGAGUUUCAGGAAAUUGAAAGCCAUUUUGUUUCAGGUGAUGAAGAAGCCAGUGAAGAUGAUGGUGACGUUCAAGUCUUCGAAUGUGUUAUUUGUGAUAAAGUAUUUAAAACUGAGAAACAGUUCCAGACUCAUGAAACUAGCAAAAGGCACAAGAAAUUACUUGCUAAACUGAAGUGGGAAAUGAAACAGGAAGGUAUUGUUUUAGGAAUAGAUCCUGUUUCUGAUGAGAGUGACUUUGAUACGGCAGAUGAAGACUAUACAGAUGAAGAUGAAAGUAAUAACGAGGACUUGAGUGAUGAAAAGAGUGCUCCACUAACUAAAAGUGAAGUGAAUAACGAAUUGGACGCUGAAAAGGGACCAGCAAAAGAAAACGAAGAUGAAGAUCUGGAAAUAGAUGAUGAUAUAGAGAGUGAUUUAGAAUCAACAGAAGAAGAUAUCCCAAAAAAGAAACUGUCAAAGAAGGAGAAGAAGAAACAAAAAUAUAAUAGAAAUAAACCCAUACUCAAGGAGGAGUCUGAAGAAGAGAUUGAUGAACUAGCGAAACUUGCUGCAGCGUUAGAAACAGGGGUAUCUCUAGCAGAAGAGGAAUCAGAGGACGAGUGGAGCGUAAACAAGAACAAGAAGAAGAAAAAAGGCAAAAAAGUCACAACAGCAGACACUUCUGCAUCUGAGACUCCACCACCAUCAGCCCAACCUAAAGAUACAACAAUAGGGUCUGAAAAAUGUUCAGUUUGUAAUGCUCAAUUUACUUCAAGAAAUAAGUUGUUUCAACAUGUUAAUUCUACAGGACAUGCUGCCGCACCAAAGAAGAAGUCAGGAAAGAAGAAACGUUAA